ACCUUGUCCCGGUCGUUAAUAGGCACUUCUCCAUCAUAUUUUCCGUACAGAGGGUUUUUUCGCUUCUGUGGAGUUAAGGCAAAUUUGUUAGAUUAAGCUCAACUGUGAAGACUGAACCAGGUUUUGCUGAAGCUUUGUUUCUGCUUGUUUGAAACUGGAUUCACCGUGUAUCUAAUUUACUAGCUUUUGGUGCUCUUUUCCUUUGACGUUGCUAUCCGUUGAUUAUAAGGAAUUUCCCACCUUUCCUUUGUAUACAUGAAGUUCCGAAUUUAAGAGCUCCGACAUGAAUUUGUUAAAUUCAUUAUUUUCUUCCAGUGAUCGAUUUUGUUCGGUCCGUCUGGAGUUUUCAGUUUGAAUAAUUAGGCUUUCAACGGUUUUUCAUGUCAACCCGUAAGUUGACCUCCAGGUCCAUCGGAGCUUUUAGAUUGGCCUUCUUCCAAAGAUGUGCAAGCACAUGGUCUCAAAUUAUAUUGGUUUGCUAGCUACUGGAAGAAGGCCCAUCUAGAAGCUCUUGUGGAAAUGAGCUACGGUUUUGAACUGUUUCAGCAAAUUCUUCAGUUCAGUAUUUGUGAUGGUACUUGAGGACAAGGAUCAAUUUCGAGGGAGAAGCAUUGUCACAUGCCAUGGAUGUCACUGAUGGAGAGGAUGAAGCUUCAGUUUCUUCUCCUAUCCUGAAUUCCGUAGAUUCGCAGCAGAAAGAAGAUCUUGCCUGGGCUGAUUCCUGCCUAAUUGAAGAUAGUGAUAUUUUAGAAAGUACAUGGGAUCCUCUGAAAAAUGCUUUACUUGAAAUAAUUAGUUCUACGCCAGAAUCUUUCAACACUGACGGAGGAACAGAUAUUGAGAUUCUUCCAUCAAAUGAGGAUAACAAUAAUGCAGGGUUCCAGGGAACUCGUGAUGAUUGGUCUUCUGUCAGUAAUGCCUUUGAAAGAAUUGCCGAUAAUAUUCAGGAUGACAAUAUGGCUUACACGCAGCCGUCAUGUUCCUUUGAAGAAAAUAUUGGGCCUGUUUCUGAAGGAAACAUGCAAGCAAGUAACCAUACCAACGCGGAGCGCUCUUCUGGGUCUUCUUCUACUUAUAAUGCUACACCAGUUGGUCUAGCAACGGCAAAUAGUGAUGAUAUUCCCGAGAAUGAAAAGACUGAAAAUCUGCCUCCUCCAGUCUUCCAGGGAAAUCCUUUCUUGCCAACUUACAGUGAAGACAGGGAAGAUAAUGAAACCAUGGAUUCAGGACUUAAUCUGGAUUCAUUAGCUCAUGACACAGAGCAAUCAUCUGAUGAUAUCUUCAAAAUCUGGGACUUGAAUAUUCCAACGGAGGACGAAUUUGUUAAACAGUUGAACAAAGCGUUGGCAACAAAUCCCUUACAAAUGAAGCCAUCACCUUUUGAUCAUUUGGGGCAGUGGAAAGUUAUGGAGCGAGGAUCACCUGAUAAUCUUGUUUCUUCUAAAAAUUCAGAGCAGUUGAAUGUUUUGGAGGAAGGGCCACUUGAUGAUCUCAUUGAAGGCUUUGCUAACCUGUCUUUGAAUAGCUAGUUUUUUUUCUUUUUAAUCACUCCCUAUGAGAUUCUUCAAUGCCAUUAAAAUUUCUCUACUAGAAAUUUAACAAAAUAUAUCCCUUUUCUUCUUUUGGGCUUUCUGUAUUGAAAUUUCUUUUCAUCUGCAUCUAUCAUUAGGUUUUGAAUGAUUCCUUGAAAAACCAAGGACUCUGUCGUGUUUUACCUGUAACCUGUGAUCAAGACAUUGUCUUGACUGGGUUGGCCCAAAAAAAAAAAUGGCAUGGGAUGUUUAAUCCAGAAAUUAGGGGGUGAGGACAUCAAGAGUUCCUUUUUAUGAUUGUGCAGUGUAUGAAAAGCUGAAUUUGUUCAGUAUGGUCUAUUGGAGUCAAA